AAUUCGACCAUCAUUGUCUUCAUCUCAGGGCUUUAUUGGAGUCAGUCAGCAUGCCUACCUCUGUAACUUGGGCCCUGUACUCCCGGGGCAGGACACCAUAGAGAGCACGAGGCCUCGGACAGACUAGAAGCCAUCUCCAGCUCAAAGCUCUACUGUCUGCCGUCACCCCACCUCUCCACAGCCUCACACAUCUGCUCUGCCCUUGAUUCCACAGUACAGCUUCUUCACAAGGUUCGCAGCUCUGAAGCUGGCCUGGUAUGAACAAAUCGUGCCAAGGCAGGCAGGAAUUGUGGAGAUGACCCAUGUGCAGGCCUGGCCUGCAGUCCACUGGGGCCCUGAGGAAUGGUACCUCCCAAAUCUGGAGCCAGUGGCCUGUCUCGGGGUUGUCGCAAUCUCUGUCAAAGGGGAGGCAAUCAUAGCUCAGCCCUGGCUAUCUGUCUGACUCUGUGGUUCAACAUGAGGGUCCCGACAGGCAACACGGACCAGCAACAACUGUGCCCUGUAUAGAGGUAGGCAGCCCCUUCAGAAGGACUUCUGUGGGGAGCAGCAUGACCUACAGGUGACGUGAAGGGCCUCCCUCUUGAGCGCCGCUGACCGGAACCCACCAGGUCCAUGCUGGACUGUGCUCCACAGCCGUCCUGCAGAGCAUGGUUGCUUCCUCCUUUGUGGACACAGGAGACUGCCAGCUCGGGUUCCUGCCCCGUGUGGGGCUCUAAGAGGCGGCAGAUCGCAAGACAAGGCAGGUGGGCGAGCACUCGCAGGACACAGGAGCCAGAGGACCAUGUCCCAGUAGAUGAGGUCUGCAGCUCCAGUCUCUCACCCUAAUCCCCACCCACGGACACGCCAUCCAACCAGAGAGAAUGAGGGGACCACGUGGGGCUCACAGCCUCCCAGGACCGAGAGGGAUGACGACAGGAAGUGCCCUCCCUCUAUCCUAAGACCCAGACGGCAAGAAUGUGGGUGCCCUGGGGGUGAGCCACAGAGAAAUCAAAGGCACGUGCGGUUCCGAGAGCCCCUGGAGGUGGCUGUCCACUACAUUGCCCGCAAGGACAGGACAGCUGCCAUCAAGGUCCCCCGCCGUGCAGCUCCUCACGGUGGCUCUCCGCUCCAGCCAGCAUUCUGCGGUGGCUCCUUGUUCCUGUGGCUGAUUCUGUGUGUUCUGCUUGGAGUGGUGCUGGGCCUGUACUGUGGCCGGGCCAAAUAUGUCACAGGAGCCCUGGAGGACCUCUGGGCUCAGCUCCUCGUCCUGACCUCACGCUUGUGGCGUGCGGUCCUUGCCUGUUGGCACUGCCUCCUGCAGCUCUGACAAGUGGCUGAAUGGUGAUUCCACCUCUGGAGAGAGCACUGGAGGUUGAUGCUGUUGGGGGCCUGGAGUGGUUUGUGGGGGGAUCGUGCAUGGUGGGGGGGGGGGCAGGCACUAAGGCUAACCCCAGGACAGAGCUCUGCUAGCCUGACAAACCCAGGUACUCCAAGGGGCCGCUGUAAAGGUUUAAGUGGGGAAAGAGGAGAACACUCUGGCUUGGUGCUUUGGGCAGCUCCUGUCUGGUCAGUACAGGCUGGGAUCUUGGGAUUUUAAGACUGAAUCAGAGAAAGAAUUCAACCAUCAUAGCUGAGGAUUCCUAUGCUCCUGCCCAGUCCUCUGUCUUGGGAGCCACAGCCUGGAUGUCACCGUGCAUAGCUCUUUGAGGGUGAGCAUUCCCUGCCUCUGAGGCGCAUUUGGGAAGGCAAGCCCCAACCUUCAGGAGGCAGGGCCUCAGGAGCCUCCCUCUGCAGUUCCUGGAGCCUGUGAGAAUCGUGUUUCUAGUCUCUGAGCCCAGCUCUGAAUUCCUCGACUUCAGGCCAAGACCCGUCAGGGGUCACUGUGGUGUGGGAACAGAGUCCAGCCCUGAACACAGUUGCUCUCAUAACAGAAGUGUGGCACCAAGGUCCUACCUUCCAGGGCCACACACAAGCCCAAAGCCGUCAGGCCUGCCCACCAGCUGCGGGACCUGUGAGUCUUCCUCUGUAAACACCGGCAAAGGGAAGCAGGCACCGGGCAACAGCUUUGGGACAUCCUAGACCUGCCUGGAGGGAGAGCCCUGAGCACAGCAAGGAGGCCCAGUCAGGCACCAGGAUGAUCCAUCAGGGGGACCCUGCACCACCCUGGAACAAACAAAUGCAAGGUUUGGGAGCCAUGGUGAGACUUGGGAUUGUCCUCCUAAGGUGCCCCUCUACUUAAGUGGGCAGACAGAGACCCCGUAUUAAAAUGCCUGCGGCCUCUUCAACCUCACGGUUAUUACAAGAUGAGCGGAGUGAGACACUUGUUGAGGAAUCCCUCCAGGUCCAAGUACGUUAAUCUAGCUACCAGAGCACACAGGUCCCUUGCAGCUUUGAUUCACGAGAAGUUGGGGGACCCACCAUGCCUCCAGGAUCACAUCCUCCCCAACAAGACAUGCCAAGAUUCCCAGAUCACUGAGGUGCAACCUGCCCCUCUCUGGACUUCAGUGUCCCAUACAGUGGUCUCCAGCUACAAAAUUUGGAGGCACAGUAGGGGAGAGCCCAGUGGAGAGAGAAACCAUGCUUCCAGAUGUGGUCUAAAACAGACCAGCCUGGAAAGCCACGCACAGGGAUUGGCCAUCAUCAUGGUUACUGUUUCCUGAACCAAUCCAGCUACCCCAGGACCUGCCCCACUCAUCCUGCCCUGGUCAAAGACAGGCUCCUUAUUGGCUUGUAUUCCAGAUACGGAAACAGACAGACCUCCAGACCACUCUUCCUUCCCUGCUCCUGAGGGUGGAUGCCCUUCAGGAGGGGGACUGGUCACCCCAUGUUUUACAACGGAGAGCCAAGGCUUCCCUCUUCCAUAGCAAGCAUUUGCUGCAAAGGCCACAGAAAAGGUGUGCCCUGCUCGCUCUGUAGGGGCCCCAGCUAGUUCUGGGUUCCCCUUUGCUUUACUUCAUUCUUACAGUGCGAACACAGCACAGCUAGGCAGAGUCUGCCAUGGCUACAUCUCCAGCCUUGUUUUUGUCUUAGAAAAAAUGUUCAAAGACACACACAGAGAUACACGUGCCCCAGAGGUGUCACCAAACCCCAUCCUUAUGCCUGGAGUGGGGGUGUGUAGGAACUGUGGAGGGGGGCAGCCACAAGAGUCGAACUCCUUACAAUGCACAGGCAUGAAGGACCACCCCGGGAGCCCUGGAAUCAAACAGACUGUUCAAAUCCUAAACAAACAGCCAAAGCCUGAGAGCCAGUGGGUAGGGGGUGGAGACUGGAGGUGGGGGCCUGGAGCAGACCGACUGGAUAACAAAGACACAGACACCUCAUCCACACAGCAUCUCAGAUGUUUUGUCUUUAUUUUAGUUUGACUUGAGGAUCAGACACAUGGAGGUAUAGGGCUCAUCACUGUCAGCCUCACCAGGAAGACUGAAACCAGGGCUUCCCUGUAGCAAGCUGCAAAGGAGCAGAGGCAUCUUGCAGGCCACCUGGGGACGGCUCUGCAGCUCCUGCCUGCCUCUUGCCAUCCAUCCCAUGAAACCUCUCUUGGACACACAUCCCUGCCCAUGGUUACGGCCAACAGGUCCUGCCAAUACUCCUAGGCCAGAGACCCUUCCCCAGGAGACCCUGGAACAUCAACAUCUCGGGGACAAGUCUAGGUGACCGAAGGUCUCUAAACCGGACCAGUUCCCAGACUAACUCUCCAGAAUCCAUGAGAGGCACGGGCAAGGGCAGACCCACGCCUGAGGCAGAGUCUAAGUCCCAGAGGCCCCAUCUAGCCUCCAGUUCCUUCAGGUCCUAGAUGGCUACAACCUUAGUAGGUGCCAAUCCUGGAGAGACAAAGGAGGAGUCUCAAGUCUAGACAGUGUCCCAAUGUCCCAUAGAUUAGGGCUUGUCUGGGCGUCUGGAGAAGAGACCAGGUCAGUUUGGAGACCUCAAAACCCUCCUCCAGCACCCAGAUCCUCUGCUGGGAGUUCAGUCAGCCCUCAGAGAAGCCUGGAGUGUCAGUCAGCCUGAUGCUGGCCUUCCCAGAUAGGCGCCCCUUGCACGCUGACCAUCUUUGCCUGCUUUAAUUUUUAGGGCCCAACCGGCCCCCCAACACAUACACACACACACACACACACACACACACACACACACACACACACACACUCACACUCCUCACAGUGAAUUGGAAGUUAGUGCCUUCCCUCUGAAAACACACCAGCCACUGGUAGAAAGUGGACUUGGACACAGGUCAGGAUCACCUUGCUUGGAAAUAGGAGACGGCAUUGGAGUACAACCUCAGGCUAAAGCCAGGAACACUGAAUGCACUCACUGAGAUCCAGAUGGGCUGGGCCUCUCCUGCCAUGGGGCUUUACCCUUCCAAUACAGACAACCAUGCCACCUAGAAAGCCUCCAAGGGAGGAGGGUGGAACUCUCCCACUACAGCCAAGCAGCCCCAGAUGUCCUCUCAGAGCAGGGAGAGGAGCCCAGUCCAGGGUCCUACAUUCCUACCAGGAUCAUCCACCUGCUGCCUUCUGGGGACCACGGCUGAAUGCCGUAGGAUGGGAAGACAGCCCCUAUGGGAGGGGCAGGGACUUGGGUGUGCUGGAGCCUGUGGUGGUGCCAACCUGGCAUUGUCACCUCUGUUCUGCAGUCACACUGCCAUCCACACACAUGCUCACAUACAUGCAUAUAUAUGGACGAACGAUCACACAAGAGAAGGAGUACGCAUCACGCUAACUAAGGCCAGAACUAGAAGCCAGAAGCCACUCCCAAGUCUCUGGGUCUCUGCCCCCAUCGCUGUCAGGAUCUCCAGGGAAAUACAGGUUCUCUGCUCACGGUGGGUGGGGCCAAGAGACACAUGCAGAGCCGUGUUGGCCAGCCUGGGGGGCUUGGAGGUCCCAGGCCCCCCUCAUGCAGGCCUCAGGAAAGGGAGUCAGCCUAGAUGACAGCACUCUUCUCCCCCUGGAAGGAGGUGCGGGAGGCUGGUCUGGCCAACAGAAGCUCCUUCUCGUGAACCAGGCUGUCCAACAGGUCCUCCUGGCGGUAGUUGUGAUAAACCUUCAGGAAAGCCAGAGUGGUGAUCGCCAGCCAGGCCAGCCAGGAGGCCCACAGUCCAAACUGCACGGAAGACAGAGCAGCGUCAGGGGGGCGGGGCUCAUUGCCCAGUGUGCUCAGUACCCACCUCCUCGCUCUACCUCUGCAGGGAAGGGAACACUAAGGCGGGAGGAGGAGGCAGGGACCUGGGAGCCCGUGCACACCCACAUUUGACUCAUCUCCUGUGGUAACAGUUACGUCCUACACCCACAAGAACCCAGCUUUGUGCAGAGGCUUGGGGUACUCGGCCAUUCUCACCUGAACUGGUGAGGUUCCUGGAGGAGGAGCAGUAACUGGGUGGAGCUCUCCUCCCACCAUGACCCUGGGCUCUAAGGAAUGCCUAUAGAUCAGGGAGCCCCUCUAGUCAGGGGAAGAAAUUGACCUUUAUCUGCCAUUUCCAAACAGCUGAAGGAGAAACAAUGUAAUCAACUCCGGGUCUGCCUGCAUCAAACCAAUUCUCAUUUGAGCGUGCUGGUCCUCAGACUGCGCAUGCCUCUGUCUAAUUAGUCCAAAUUAGUCCUAAAGCAUCUUAAGCUAAACUUGGCGUGAAGGUAUAUUUGACCGUUUCAGCUCAUCUCUGCAAAUAACUUUUGGACUUCCAAGGGCGUUAGCAGUGACAAGAAUCAUCUCAGCCUAGCUUUCCACAAACCAGGGCCUCCACAAGCCAGCAUGGAGCAUGGAAGGGCGUUGUGGAGGGUGAAAGCCACAGGAAAGGGACAGGUGUCCAUGCCCUGCCUAGGUGCCCCUACCCUGCACCACCUCUGCUUGGGGCACAAAUGAAAAGUCAGGGGACAGGAAAAUCCUAAAGCUUUCCCAGGGUCCUAGAGAUCCCCAAAUUCACAUGCAAGGUAGAGCAACCUGAGGCUGGGAUCCCCCUAGGAUAGACCCAGCCACCCAGAACUUUGCAUUCUCUAGCUCCUGAGCUCACUCCUCAGGUCUGCCUAUGCCUUCUCUUAUCCCCUGCCUCCCCUAAUCCCUGCCCAUACAAGUCCUGCUCAGAGACCCCACUCUCCCACCUGCCCUAGGAUUUCUUCUCUGCUCCUAUAGCCUGCACGGCCCCACCAUAUCUGAGUCUGUUUCCUUGGGAUCCAGAGUCUGUUCUAUCUGUCAAGUCUCAUCCCAAUCCCCAAUACAGCCAUUCUCUUCCUGCCCGCGACAGACCCCACCUACUUGCCCGAGACCACGCCCAUACGCCUGAGACCACGCCUACCUGGGCAAUUGCAAACUGAUGGUAGAAGGCAGAGUUGUCCACGUUCAGCUCCAAGUCCGUUUCCUGGAACUCCUCGCAGCUAAAAUAGCAUGGAGCCAAGUGGCUAGUGACUUGCGAGCCCCUGAGCCCCAGAGCCCCUGAAUCAAAAGUCAGCAGAGUAUCUGGCUAGGGAUUCCCCUAAACAGUGAGUGGUGUCUUAGAUCAACCUGAUACAAGCUAAAGUCAUGAGAGGAGACAACCCCAAUUGAGAAAAUGCUCCCAUAAGGCCAGGCUGCAGACAGUCUGUAAGACAUUUUCUUAAUUAAUGAUUGGUGGGAAAUAGCCCAGCCCAUUGUGGGCGGGGCCACCCAAAGCAGGCUCAGCAGAUCACCAAGAGCAAGCCAACAAGCAGCAUCCCUCCAGGAGCCUCUGCGUCAGGUCCUGCCUUCAGGUUCCUGCCCUGCUUGAGUUCGCGUCUUGACUUUCCAUGAUGGUGAACUGUGAUAUUGAAGUGUAAGCUGAAUAAACUUUUUCCUCCCCAA